CCCAGGUGAAAUCAUUCGCAGCCCAGCUAAUUCAAAAUCUUCCCCCUCCGAGUUCCAUCGGCGAUUUUUUUCUCUCCGGUGCCGUCGUCUUGUUCCCGUUGAUCAUUUACCGUGAGCGUCUAGUACAGAUACAACUGUAAAGCGAUUCAAUCGUUGGUUUUCAAGGGUGAUACUGAGCAGAUUUUGCCAUGGCUGCACCUGCUAAAAGAAGUUCUACAGAUACUCAGGAGAAAGAUCUAAUGCUCGAUAAAGACAUGGAAAACGAUACAUGGAACUUUAAGUCAAUGACAGAUGAUGAUCCAAUGGAUUUUGGCUUUGACUCACCAGCAAAAAAUAAGAAGAAUGCCUUCAAGCUGGAUAUGGGUUUUGAUCUGGAUGGAGAUUUUGGAUCAUCAUUUAAAAUGGACAUGCCAGACUUUGAUUUCUCAAGCCCAGCCAAGAAAACCACAAAAACGAAAGAAAGCUCUGAUGAUAAACCUAGUGGAAAUUCAAAACAGAAAAAGAAUCCAUUUGCCUUCUCUUACGACUUUGAUGCGUUAGACGACUUUGAUCUUGGUUCAAGCCCCCCGAAGAAGGGAAGCAAGACUACGACCAAGACCAUGGACUGCGAAGAAAUUUCUGCAAGUAGAAAGAUUGAUAAGUCAGACGAUUUGGACUUUGGUCUAGACUUACCAAUAACUAGACAAGCUCCCUCCAAGGCAAAUACAGAUGUUCAGGCAAAAGCUUCAGCUGAAAAAGAGAACCAAAAUUCCAAGACUACAGAGACUAUGGUUGUUAAUAAGAGCACACACUCGAAUCAAGCUGCAUUAGAGAGCAUGGGAGAUUUUGAGGCGGUGGAAUCACCUCAGGGUUCAAGAAAAAAAACCCCACAAACUCAUACAAUGUGUGUGCAAGCUCAAUCCGUAGAUACUUCACCAUUGAAGACAUCAUGUUCAAUGGUUGAAGAAAUGGAUGAACCAUGUCCUUCAAAUGAGACCGUAGCACCCUCGCCAUUACAUGCUUCUGAGAUUGCACAUACUGCAGUAAACAGAGAAACCAGUCCAGAUAUCCAUGAACUCUGCAGGUCUGGUACAAAAGCAGACUGUCCUAGAGAUCCAGAAAAUGCCAACAAGAAAAUGAUUUCCACCAUGGAAUCAAGUUAUGAGAAGAUAGAACAGACUUCACCAAGCAUCUCAUCUCAGUUAUGUUCAGACAAGAUAGAACAUCAACAGGAAGAAAUGAGUACAGACACUCAGGCAGAAAUACAGGAUAACACUAAAGGAGCACUGUGUGACCCAGAUGCUGGACAUUCUCUAAUAACCCUCUCAGGCAAAAUAUCACCAGGCACUCAUCCAAGCCAAACUGCCAAGGUACAAGAUUUGAGUGAAAAGCUACCACUGGAUCCGUCCCACAGCAUGCCAGGGCUCAAUAAUUUGAGGGCCAUGCAAAACAAAGAUUCAGGACUUAUCAGAUCCAGAUUUUUUAAGAAGCCAGAAAAUACAGAAUCCCAUGUGCUUGAGUCUUCUCCAAUUCAAACAGAGAUUCAGCCUAUUAGCCGAGAAAACAUGGGGUCGAGUUUGAACCCUACAAAUAAUAGACAUGAUAUUAAAGACGCGUUACCUGGAUCCAAAACUAGAUCAUGUCCAAUUGAGCUUGUCAACACGGAUUCCGCCAAAAAUGCAGCAAAUGUUAAUACGAGCAGCAGUUCUCAUGUAAAGAUCAUCCACAAGGCCCACUCAAAUGCCAAGACUGUAGAAAAUGUGGCUGGACAGAUGGAUCAUUUAAAGCUGCAAGCUAAAAAUACAACUAGAGAAAAGUCCAUCUUGCAGAUCAAUAUAAGCUCAAAACUCGAUGCUUCUAGCUUGACUCAGAAACUAAGCAAACAUUUGAGUUCCGGAGCUGAAUCUUUGCAGAAGCCCAAAAUGAUAUCUCUCGAAAGGCCUAAACUUGGAAAUAUUACGGCUGAUCUGCGUGCAGUGAAAACUCAAAGGGCCAUUGGAGUAAAUAUAGACCAACCGAGUUCGGCAGUGCAACCAGAACUUAGCUCUUCCAUAAGCAAGGAGAGAAAAACUGAAGCACCAGUAAAAAAGAGCUCUGAGAUUCAUCAUUUGGCUCCUAGGGACAAAACACAAAUCCUGCACUGCCCAUCUUCUUUAAAGCGGAAAGCUCUUGAUGAGGAUGCAGAUAGAUCACUGAAGCCACAGCUUAAACGCUUUUCCAUGUCUCCAAGAGAAAACAGGAACGUUGAGGAGCUCACACAUAGAGCUGUGCAAGGAAAGUUUUCAAGCCAAGAGAGUAGAAUAGAUAAUACUACAACCAAGGAGCCUGUCAAGGAAAGUCCACAGACUAAGUCUCAUUACCAGAACAUAAACAUGGCAAAUCUGGAAAUCCCAAUCACGGAGAAUGCUGACAACAUAGAGAAAGCUGAAGCAUAUACAAAAGAACUCGACAAUAUUUGCAACAUCCUGAAGAAGAAACAUGAGGAAGCAAAAGAGUUACUUGUCCGUGCUGUAGUAAACAACAAUAAGCUACUGAUGCUCAACCAUCCUUUAUAUGAAGACCAGAUAUCCUUUUCAUAGACUUUUUUUAAUGCCAUUGUUAGAUUUUGUCUAUGUAUAGCAGUAUAUAUGAACUGUUUUGUGUGUGUUUCCCCUUAAUAAUCAGAAACAUUCGUA